ACGCGUGCGAAAGCAAUACAAUAUAGCGGGAAGCUCGCGAGCCCAUCGAAAAUAAUUUGCGUUAAUUAGGCUUGCUGAUUGUCUGAAUGGAAGACAUUCUCAGUAUUUACUUGUCGAUCAUCUACGUGUGUGCGGAUAUCAUUGUGGUGGAGCAGAGCUGCUGACAUGGCACGGGGAUUCGACCCACGGGAUCAAGAUGCACUCGUUCACGAGCUGCAUAACGAUGUGCUGGCACUCAAAGAGAUGGUGGAGAGCCGUGAGUGCGAGCUGGUUAAAUUGCACCGCGAAAUACACAAGCUGAAGAGCGUGUUGCAGCAAACAACGAAUCAACUGAACAUCUCCAGCAAACAGCAGAUGCCAUCGUCCUCAGGCAAAUCGAAGCUCUACCCGCUGCCCGAGCAGAGCGGCGAGGUGACGAGCAGCGAAAGGAAUUCGCAUCUCUGCAGCUCCUGUGGCAUGGUGAUGCCCGGCAGUCCAGAGUACAUGCUGGAGGCGCUCUGCUUGGAUUCGCCCGUCCUCAAAACGAGGCCAACCACAAUAACAGCAACAACACCAACAAAAACAACGGCUGCGACGCCACCAAUGGCAGUCGAGGUGAUGCCCAAGCCAAUGUCGGCGGCGGUUAAAAAGCAAGGUGUGUCCGCUGAGAGCUGUGUGCAGUCCAUGCAGCAAUCCUACACGGCACCAAUACCCAAAUAUGACAAGGAUUUCAGUGCAAAGCAACAGAUCAAGGAUGCCAUCAUGGACAAUGAUUUUCUGAAGAACAUUGAUGCCUCGCAGGUACGUGAGCUCGUGGACUCCAUGUAUUCAAAGAGCAUUGAAGCCGGCGAAUUUGUGAUACGCGAGGGCGAAGUGGGCGCCCAUCUUUACGUCUCCGCUUCCGGGGAGUUUGCAGUGAUGCAGAAUGGCAAGGUGCUGGACAAGAUGGGGCCGGGCAAGGCAUUCGGUGAGCUGGCAAUACUCUACAACUGCACACGCACUGCCUCCAUUAGGGUGAUGAGCGAGGCGAGGGUUUGGGUACUCGAUCGACGCGUUUUUCAGCAGAUUAUGAUGCGCACUGGUUUGCAGCGCAUUGAAAACAGCGUAAACUUUCUGCGAUCGGUACCGCUGCUGCGUAACCUCAGCGAGGAGCUGCUGGCUAAGAUUGCCGACGUACUGGAGCUGGAGUUCUAUGCAGCUGGCACUUAUAUUAUACGCCAGGGAACGGCUGGCGAUAGUUUCUUUUUGAUAUCACAAGGCAAUGUGCGAGUCACCCAGAAACUGACUCCCGCUUCGCUCGAAGAAACGGAAUUGCGCACCUUGAGUCGCGGGGAUUACUUUGGGGAACAGGCACUAAUCAAUGAGGACAAGCGGACAGCCAACAUUAUUGCAUUGCCGCCGGGUGUGGAGUGCUUGAGUUUGGAUCGGGAUUCGUUCAAGCGACUGAUUGGUGAUCUGUGUGAGUUGAAGGAGAAGGACUAUGGAGAUGAGAGUCGUAUGCUGGCCAUGAAGCAGGCGGCUCAGAGCGAGGAAGCCUUUGGAGCACACGCACAGCAAGAGUUUCCCGAUCUGAAGCUCACAGAUCUCGAAGUGAUCAGCACUCUGGGCAUUGGAGGCUUUGGGCGCGUCGAGCUGGUCAAGGCGUACCACCAAGGCCGAGAGGAUACCUUCGCCUUAAAGUGCUUGAAGAAGCGGCACAUUGUAGACACCAAGCAGGAGGAUCACAUCUACAGUGAACGCACCAUUAUGCUCAGCUCGAAUUCGCCAUUCAUCUGUCGCCUAUUUCGCACUUUUCGCGAUGAGAAGUAUGUCUAUAUGCUGCUCGAAGCGUGCAUGGGCGGUGAGAUCUGGACAAUGCUGCGAGAUCGCGGCUCUUUCGAGGAUAAUGCUGCUCAGUUUAUCAUUGGCUGUGUCCUGCAAGCCUUUGAGUAUUUGCAUGCCCGCGGCAUCAUUUAUCGCGACUUGAAGCCGGAGAAUCUGAUGCUUGAUGAGCGUGGCUACGUUAAGUUGGUCGACUUUGGAUUUGCCAAGUAUAUAGGAAAUAGUGCCAAGACAUGGACGUUUUGCGGCACACCUGAGUAUGUGGCACCAGAGAUCAUACUCAACAAGGGACAUGAUCGCGCCGUGGACUAUUGGGCUCUUGGCAUACUCAUUCACGAGCUACUCAAUGGCGCACCACCUUUCAAUGCUCCGGAUCCCAUGCAGACGUACAAUCUCAUUCUGAAAGGCAUCGACAUGAUCAGCUUUCCCAAGCACACAUCCCGCUGGGCCGUGCAGCUCAUCAAGCGUCUGUGCCGCGAUGUUCCCUCCGAGCGACUUGGAUAUCAAACUGGUGGUAUACAGGACAUCAAGAAGCACAAAUGGUUUCUGGGCUUCGACUGGGAUGGUCUGGCCAGUCAGCUGCUCAUUCCGCCCUUCGUACGUCCAAUUGCGCAUCCCACAGACGUGCGAUACUUUGAUCGGUUCCCCUGCGAUCUCAACGAGCCGCCAGACGAACUUUCCGGCUGGGAUGCAGACUUUUUAGACUAG